UAUUUUUAAACUUGUUUAAAUUUUUUAGAAGAUGAUUAUUUUCAAUUCGGGGGGACUUUACACUAAAUUGCUUUGCUUUAUAUUAUGCGUUAGUAAUUUUUGCAUCAAAUAUUUAAAAUUUUUGUCUCUAAUACUCAUUAAACUCAUAAAGCUUGUUUAUUUUAAUGGCAAAUAAUGUCGAAAACCCAAUCACUCAGAUUUCACCAUUUAAUGACAAAAAUAAAGCAGAACUCACAAGCAUGUAUGAUGCAAAUAAACCAAUUCAACUUUUAAAAAUCAAAAAUGGUUUUGAAACUCAAAAGAACAACUCAAUGAAUAGUUUUUUACUCCAUCAAGCUGCAAUAGAGGGUUUAAUUGAUCAAGUUAAGUUGCUUAUUAAAAAGAGUUAUUAUAACAUUGAAGAGAUUGAUCGCAUAAACUUGCAAGGUUGCACUCCAUUGCAUUUAGCAUCUCGAUUUAAUAGGUUAAAAGUUGUUGAAUAUUUAUUAGAAAAUGGAUCACAGAUAAACAAAACUACUGAAGAAGAAAAUAAUACUCCACUUCUCCUUGCUGCAAAGUAUAAUAUGACAGAUAUCGCAAAGUUUUUAUGUGAACAUGGUGCAGAUGUUAGGAUAAAAAAUAUCCAUGGUUCUACUGCUCUUCAUUUAGCAGCUAGUAAAGGAAAUAUAGAAAUUUGCUAUGCUUUGAUUCAACACGGUUCUGAUAUAAAUGCUACAGACAGCAGAAAUUGCACACCACUUCAUAUGGCAAUUCAUGGAGGCAGUGAAACUAUAACAAAGUUGCUUAUAGAGAAUGGUGCAGAUGUUUAUGCAAAAGAUGCUGAAGGGGAGGGGCCUAUUCAUUAUGCUGCUGCUAUGGAUCAAGGAGAGCUAAUUAUUUUACUAACAAAAGGAGCUCUUGCAAUAGUUGAUGAAGAGAACUGGGAAGAAACACAAAGAAAGUAUGUCAAUCUAAGAACUAAAAAAAAAGAUGCUGCACUUCACAUUGCUGCUCGGGAAGGUUAUUUAGAUACAGUAAAGGCCUUGGUGUCUAUUGGUGCCAAUAUAAAUAUUUGUUCUGCUGCGCUUUAUACGCCAUUGCAUCUUGCAGCAAUAAAUGGCAAUAAAGAUAUGGUUCAAUAUCUGUUAGAACAUAAUGCCAAAAUAAAUGUGUUUGAUCACCAAAAUAUGACUCCUACACAUAAGGCAUGUCAGUUUGGCAGAUUAGAUGUAAUAAAAUUGUUAAUUGAACAAGGAGCACAAAUUGACUCUAAAGAUUGUGAUUCUUUUACUCCGCUUAUGUCAGCUGUUUCAGAAGGUCAUAGUGAUGCUGUUAAAUAUUUGUUGAAAUGUGGAGCGAGUGUGGCCAUAAGUGAAAUGAAUAUGAAAAAUGUUCUUCAUUUAGCAAUAGAAAACGGUCAUAGUUCAACACUUAAGGUCCUUUUACAAAAUGGAGGUUCUUUUUUAAUUAAUUCACAUGAUAUGGACUUUAAAAGACCAAUCCAUUAUGCUGCUAUGAGUGAUUUUGAGGAGCAAAGAAAGAGAGCGAGCAAAAAGAGAGCAAAUUACAAUGAGGAGGAGCAGAAUAAGAAGCAUGAACAAGGUAAAUUAAGGAUGCGAGCAUAUAGACAAAGACAAAAAGCAUUGAAAGAGUCAAUAGAAGCACAUGAAGAAACUCCAUACAAGACAAAGAGUGCUGAGAAACGUGCCAUCAAUAGAGUUCUAUUUCAAGUCAAUUCAACAAUGCCUCAUUCUCCAAGGAAAUGUGCAUUUGUCAAGCAUAACGUUUCUCAACACUUAUUAGGAAAGUCUCCCAGCAAUCUUAUUGUGUCACACCGUUCAACUGCUUUGUCUCCUGAAGUGGUAGAGCUUGUGAUAAAUUUUUUUCAAGAGAAUGAUAUCUCAAGAAUGGCACCAGGACAAAGAGACUUUCUUAAAGAUGGUGACAAAUUAAUUCAAAAGAGACAUCUUCAGCUAACAUUAAGAGAGGCUCACAAGCGGUUUCAGCAGUCGUACAAAAAUGUAAAAAUUGGAAAAUCAAAAUUUGCUAGUUUAUGUCCGAAACAUGUUUUACUCUGUGCUGAGACACCUCACAAUGUCUGUGUCUGUUCUAUUCACUACAACUUUAUACAUGUAGUGAAUGUGUUAGCACCAUACUUUGAAUCCAUUCCUCUUUAUGAUAAUGAAUGGACGGAAGUCAAUGCUGUUUGUAUCAACCCAUCAGAAAAGUGCUUCUUCAAUGAAUGCACAUUCUGCCAAAAUGCUGCAUCUUUUCAGCACCUUGCAGUCGAAAAUGAAGAAAUAAUGGUCAGCGUUAGUCAGUGGCAGAAAACAACAAAUGAGCUUCUAGGCAGAAAACAAUUUGUUAAGGUGACCGUGACUCAGUCGUUAAUUAGCCUUCUUGAGUCAGUCAAAAUACUUAUUCAGGAAUCAGCUGAUACUGAAGUUACUGAUAAUGAAGAAAAAACUCCAUUGCAUAUUGCAGCUGAGUAUGGAAAGGUUGAUUGUUUGCUAAAAUUAGUCAAAAACUCAACAAGAAAUAUAAAUUGUACUGAUGAGAAAGGACAGUCACCUUUGCAUUUAGCUGCAAAAAAUGGCUGGACAGAUACUAGUUUGGUUCUAAUUGAAAUGGGUGCUCAAAUUUCAGGACGAGAUGAUUCAAACUGGACACCACUUGACUAUGCUGCAAGAAAUGGACAUACAAAAAUUGUGAUAGCUCUUAUUAAAAAUGGCGCUUGUGUAAACGAAUAUGAUCCAAACAGACUAACCCCUCUUCACCAUGCUUCUAUUAAUGGACAUGUUAAGUGUAUAAACAUUUUAUUGAAUCAUGGUGCAAACAUAUCAUUUCAGAAUGCAGAUGGAAAAAAUUGUCUUGAUCUAGCUUUAGAAAAUCAUCAUACAGAAGCUUGCAGGAUAUUUAUCACACAUAAAAGAUGGAAAGAGGUACUUAACCAUAUUGAUAAUGAAGGAUGCAGUCCAAUGGAAAAAUUGAUAUCAUAUGCUCCUGAAAUUGCUCAAAUUGUUCUAGACAAGUGCAUAGAAUACUCUAAACUUGAUGAAAAUUCUGAAGAAUACUACAUAAGAUAUGACUUUAAAUACCUUGAUUCUCAUCCUGAAAAUUCAUCAAAAAGAAUUUAUUUUGGACCUUCUUGCAUGAUCACAUUCAAUCAAGAAAACUUACUUUCUCAUCCACUUACGGUUCAAUUAAUUAAUUAUAAGUGGUCACGUCUGGGUCGCUGGAUUCACUUAAUCAGCUUGUUUAUUUAUGUUUUGUUUGUGGCUAUGCUUACUGGUCUACUUAUCAUUGAUAAAGAAAGAGAGAAAAAAGAAAAAAAUGGAUUUCAAAAAAUAAUCCCUACAGUGAUACUUAUUCUAUCAAGUUUUGAAAUUUGUAAAGAGUUUGUACAGGCUUACUUAUUGAAGAAAGACUAUUUUAAAGACUUCAACAAUUACUUGGAGUUAAUACUUUACUCAUCUACUUUUAUAUUUAUGUUGUCAUUUAUUAAACAUGUCACUAUGAAUAUAAAGUGGACUGCUGGAGUAUUUUCAAUUUUAUUUGCUUGGACUAAUUUGUUACUUUACUUAAAACGAGAUACCUUUUUUGGAGUUUAUGUUGUUAUGAUUAUUGAAGUUUUAAAAUCGUUGAUUAAUGUUAUUAUGGUAUUUGUGAUGAUCAUUAUAGCAUUCUCUUUAUCAUUUUUUGUUCUUUUUGAAAAUUCAUCUUUUUCCUCUCCUGAAUGGUCUAUGGUAAAAACCAUUGUCAUGACACUUGGGGAGACUGAUUUUAAUGACUUGUUCAUAAAUAACAAUACUACAGUUGAUAAUAGUGAUUUACCAUACCCAGAAAUGUCAUAUAUCUUGUUCACAUUGUUCUUGAUUGUUUGCCCUAUAGUACUUAUGAACUUGUUAGUUGGUUUAGCUGUAGGUAAUAUAGCUGAUGUUAGAGAUUCAGCUUACAUACUAAUGUUGAAAGCUCAAGUUGAUAUUCUAAAAGCACUUGAGUCAAGAUAUCCUAAAAAAUUGCUGAAAAAAACUUAUCAUGAGAUACUUACUGUUUACCCUAACACUGUUUCCUGGAAAAAAAGUUUUUUUCAACUGUUUGGUAUUCCUGACUUCAAUUCCUUAAAAGAUAAACAAGAAAGUAGAUCCAAAUGGAAAACAAACAUUGCAAGAGAUUUAGAAUUGGAACAUAUUGAGUUUGAUCACCUAGAAAAAAGAAUAGAAACAAUAAAAAUGUUGAUGAGAAAACAUCUAGAGAUAACAGACGAUAUAAUUGUUGCUCUGAAGAUUAGCGAAAACCUUGCAGCAAAAGAAGGUGCAAUUGAGCGUAUUCGACACAUCAUUGAGGAAUGUAAAAGAAAUAACUCAAUAUCAUCAAAAGAAUUUGUUAAUGUUAGAGAUAAAUUAAAUGAGAAAGGUUUUAGUGCUUUACAUUUAGCUGCACGAUAUAAUAAUGUAAAUGUUGUGGCAUAUCUGCUGGAAAAUGGGGCUUUAAUUGAUAGUCCAGAUAGAGAUGAUGGUAAUACACCUUUACUAUUGGCAGCAAAAUAUAAAAAGACAAAUACUGCUGUGUUUCUUAUUGAAAAAGGUGCAAAUGUCUUGAUCAGAAAUUAUUUUGGGACAACAGCAUUGCACUAUGCAAGUAGACGUGGUGAUAAAAAGCUUGUAAUAAAGAUUCUUAAAAUCCCAUUUGUUAACAUUAAUGUAGAAGAUGACAAUUUGGCUACUCCUCUACAUCUAGCAAUGAAUGAUGGGUGUAAACAGGUAGUGAAUGUUCUUAUAAAUAAUGGAGCCAAUGUACUUGCUAAAAAUAAUAAAGGAGAAAGACCAAUUCAUAAUGCUGCAUCUUCCAAUGCAGAUUAUACAAGAGAUUACAUUGUGUCAAAUGAAAUAAGUAAAAAAAUUCAAGAUUUUCAACAUGUUCCUUCAUCAAUAGCAGAAGAUCUUAUUGAGUUACUUCUCAGAGGAGCUCUUCAAAAUGUUUCUUCAGAAGACUACAGGAAACAAAAAAAUGACUAUGUAAACAGUAGAACUAACGAGAAUUAUACACCUUUGCAUUUUGCAGCACGUUGUGGUAAUGAAAAAUCAUUAAACAAGUUAAUAAGAAUUGGUGGAGAUGUUAAUGCGCAAACAAAUACUGGUUCAACUCCUUUACAUUUGGCUGCAAUCAGUGGACAUGAAAAGGUUGUGAAUAUGCUUAUAACCUAUAAAGCUGAUAUUCAAUCAGUUGAUAAAGAUUUGAUGACACCUCUGCACAGGGCAUGUCAAUUUGGACGAUUAUCAGUUGUAAGAUUGUUAGAUGAGAAAAGAGCCAUACUUGAUGUCAAUGAUAAAAAAAAUUAUACUCCUGUUAUGUGUGCUAUAUGGAAAGGACAUUUAGAAGUUAUAAAGUAUUUAAUUGGUCAAGGUAUUCAAAUAAAUUCAACUGAUAUUAACUACAAAAAUUGCAUUCAUAUUGCACUUAAAGAAAAUCAAAUAGAAGUUAUAAAAUUUUUAUUGGAUAAUGAUCAAUUUAACAAAAUGAACAGCGUGGAUAAGAAUAAUAGAGCACCUGUACAUUAUGCAGCUUUGAAGGGAAAUAGUCAGGCAUUGCAACUUUUAAUUAACAAAAAUGCUCCCAUCGAUAUAGGUGAUAAUCAAGAAAAGACACCUCUUCAUUUAGCAUCUGAGUUUGGUCAUUUACAUUGUGUAAAACUGCUUAUUUCUACCUCUCCUGGUGAAGUAAAUGCAACUGAUGCUCGUGGAAUGACUCCACUUCAUUUGGCAGUUUUAAAUGAUCACAGAGAUGUAAUAAAGCUACUAAUUGUGUCUGGCGCUAAUGUUUACUUACGUGAUAAUCUUGACUGGAGUUCUUUGGAUUAUGCUGCACAAAAUGGUAAAGAGAAGAGUUUGAACAUUUUGCUUAGUGCUCUGCUCAAAAAAGAUUAUGUUAAUGCUUCUGACAAAAAUCGUUAUACACCUCUUCAUCAUGCAGCAACUGAAGGCCAUGUUGAAUGCAUAAAUUUAUUGUUAGAGCAUGGAGCUAAUGUUCAGUUACAAACAAAUGAAAAUAAAAAUUGCUUGUACCUUGCAGUUGAAAACUUACAAAAAGAAGCAUGUAUGGCAAUUAUGCAACAUGAACGAUGGCGUGAAGCACUUCUUAGUAUGGACAAUAGUGGAACACAUGUUAUGAAAAAAAUGAUUGAGCUAACUCCAGAAGUCGGAGAAAAGGCACUAGAUAACUGCAUUAUAUGUUCUAAACUUGAUAUCAAAAAUCCUGACUAUUCAGUUGAAUACAAUUUUGAAUUUAUAGAUAAGGACCCUAUGAAUCCUGAUAAUUCAUUUUUUGCACCAUUACUAAUGGUAAAAUAUAAACGCGGAAAGUUGUUGAGCCAUCCCCUUGUUGUUGAACUUAUCAAUCAAAAGUGGUCUCGGAUGGGUCAAUGGAUUUAUUUAUGCUCGCUUUGUUUUUAUUUAAUAUUUGUUUCAUUUCUUACCGCACUUGUAAUUUUAGAAAGAAUUAAUUCUAAAAGUGAGUUCCCUCAUCAAUGCAAAAAUCACGAAAAUCAUUUUGCUGUGGUUAUCUCAUGGUUGACUCUUAGUAUAGCAUGUAUUCAAAUUUUUUUUAAAUUAAUAUUAGCUGCAUAUAUUGGUAGAAGUUACAUGUUUGAUCCUGUUAAAUUACUAGAGUUCUUUUUGUACACAUCAACAGCCUUGUUUAUGGUUUCUUUUGUUGCUUGCAAGUACAACUUAGAAGCCAUGAAGCGACAAUCAGGAUCUGUUUCAAUUUUACUUGCGUGGUCAAAGCUAAUGCUGUAUUUGGAGAAUUUACCUUUUCUUGGCUUAUAUUUUGUCAUGUUUACGGAGGUUUUGUACACAUUUUUAAAAGUUUUGUUAGUCUUCAGCAUUCUUCUAAUUGGUUUUGGUUUGUCGUUUUUUACAUUACUCCAUAAUCAGCAACCAUUUAGUGGUUAUUUCCGUUCAAUUGUGAAAACAUUUGUUAUGAUGCUUGGAGAGUUAACUUAUGGGUCCACCUUUAAACAAGAAAAUAAAAAAGCGCAUAAUGAGGAUCUCUCUAUAAUAAUUUUUCUUCUAUUUGCUAUUAUUAUGGUCAUUGUAGUUAUGAAUUUACUUGUUGGUUUAGCUGUUGGUGAUAUCGAAUCCGUGCGGAAAAAUGCAUACCUAAGAGUUUUGCAGAGAAAAGUUUAUUACUUAAACAUAUUAGAUCGAACUUAUCCUAAAUUCAUCCAAAUGUUUGUGUAUCAAAAAUCAUAUACAAAAAAACCUAACAUUAAAAGCUGGUAUGAAAAGUUAAUGCUUUGGAUGGGUAAGUUUCAUAAAAAAGGAAUAGAAGAGAAACAGUUUAAUGCUAAAAAACAAUUGAUAAUGCGUGAAGUUUUAUCGAAUAAAGGAGCCUUAUUGAAGCAGAAGCAAAAUACAAAGCUUAUUUUAUAUAAUCUUGAAAAUCAAAUUGAAAAAACAAAAAAAAUCGCUAAAUCUAUUUCACAAAAUUCCAACGUUAAAAUUUUUUUUGAUUAAUAACAUUGUUGAUGCUCUCAAACAUGGUGGUUGUAUUGCAAUAACUGACAAAUUUUAAACUAUGGCAUCAAUUUGUUUAUCUACUUUAUUGCAUCCGAAUAACUUCGAAAACCGUAAUUAAAAGUAAAGUUGAAAUAAUUGGUUUUAUUACAUAAUUAAUUUAAUGUUUUUAUUUGAUUUAAAUAUUUAUUUUAUAGUAUUUAAAAACUAAAAUUUUUUAAAGGCUUUUUUUUAGUUGAUUUAGCUUUAUUGUUUUGUUUUAUUUUAAUUGUUAUUGAAAUGUAUGAUCAAUAGCCUUCAGAAAUCAAUCAUAAAUCAAAAUCACGUGCUAGAAAAAUCCAUUAUUUUAUGUUUAU